GGGGGCGGCCAGGGUAGCUCCCGGGGCUCUUCAGCGGCGGCAGGGAGGCUUGCUCGGCAAAGGCGGGUUGGGAGGCUCUCCCAAGGGAGCGGAAGGACGCCGCGUUCUUGGGCGGGUCCCUCGGGAGCCCUCUGCUCCAUCCUAGAAGUAAUUGCUGCAGAGGCCAGUUUACAGAUAGCAGUGGAUGUUCAACAUCCUUAUAUUCUUUUUAAUGUGAUGGGACCAAGCAGACCAGCCACAAUCUAUGAUCCAUUUGCAUCCAGAACCCAAGCAGAAAAGAAUGAAGUGAGGCAUCUUCAGACACAGCUCCAGUUUAAUAGAAAUGUUCCUGUAGCUCCAGAGAACUUGGCUGUCAGAUUCUCCAGCCCUUGUCCUAUUAUAAUAGAAAAACUGAAGCCACCUGAUGGCCAGAGAAAUCUAGGUGGUGGUGAUGAUGCCAAUUUAAGAAGUUCUGUCACAUUUUCGGUCAUAUCUGAAGACAAACUGAAACUGGCCAUCCAACUAGCCAAAAGGGAUGUAAAAAGAAGACACUUAGAAGAGCAGGUGAAAGAAGCAGAGAAUAAAUCAGUGUUCCUCCAGACAUCUGAGCAAUGUAAGAAUGAAGCAUCUGAAAAUCCUGAAGAAAGGAGUGUAUCAAAAUCUAGGACAUACUUGAAAUAUCAUCAGCAACAUGGUCAACCUUCCAAAAUGGAGACUACUAACUCUGGUGCAAAAAUGUAUCUCUACACAGCAACUCAGGGCAAGUUAAAGCCACCUGUUUCAGAUUCUCCACCUACCCAUGACCCAGGACCAGGGCCCAAGCCAAGCCUGAAAAAAAGUGAAGAUAAAAGUACACAGGAAGUCAGACGACUACAAAAAGAACUGAGACAUUGCAUCCAGAAAAUUGAAGAACUGACUAAAAAAGAGAGAUGCGAAGAAAUCUUGGAUCCUGAUGAAGAGCGACGAGUCUGCAUUAGGAGGCAGGAGCAAGCUGCACGGUCUGCUCGGAUGCUGUAUGUCCUCCAGCAACAGGUAAAAGAAAUCCAGGAAGACUUGCAGAAGCUGAGUCCUCUUAAAAUCAAACACACUAAGAAGUCUCGAGCGAUGUCCAGAGUAGCAGCUGCCCACAGAGGAGCCAUUCGUGCCUUGCAGGUGUUUGCAACUCAAUUUACUGAUCAUUCAGAGUAUCAGAUUCCUGCUCAUUAUAAGGAGUUAGGCAAUCUCAUUCGACAACUGUCUCUCUGUUCUGCAAAAUUAGAAAUGGAUUCUUCUGUUCCUGAUAUCAUCACAGACAUUCUGCUACAAAUUGAGGAUUUGGAAUCUCUUCUGGAGAAGAAACGAUCACCCAAAAAUGUGAAGAAAUGUCUCUCGGCGUCUCAGGGUAAAUCUCCAGUGAGCAAGAUUGCUUCUCCCAAAAAGGAGAAGAAACCACCCAUCUCAAAGGAGCGACUUGGACAAGAGCAGCAGAAACCAUCAGUAGGUAGAAAACUCCUGACUGAUGAGGAUGAACAUGUUGCAGAUAUUCCAUUGGCACAGAAGCUAAGCAGCCAUGCUGAUUGGUCAGGUCAAGAAUUCCAACAAAAGCAUGACCCACACACUUCAGACAGAGAUGCAGCUUUAAAAACAAGUCACGAUACAUCGAUGAGAGCUAGACCUGCGAAAAAAGCCCUUGUGCUUGAAAAUGGACCCUUGAAGAAAAAAGGUGUAUUGUUACCAGCCAAACAGGGAAUCCGUAAGCAUCCAAGAUCAAGACCUGUGCAGCUUCCAGCAAAGCAUGCCCGGUUUCAAGAGACCACCGUAGCUUUCAGGCAAAAAGAGAACAAGCCACUUGUUAAAGAGACUAGAAUACCUUGGGUUCCUCCAAAUCCUACAUCUCCAUCUUCUUCACCUAAACGUGCUCCUUGGGGAUACAUGAAUGCUAGUCCCAAAGCUUCAAGCAGAGAACAGUCAGCUUUGCAGAAAGAAAGAAGCGAAGAAGGAAGAUUAGGAGCCAUUGAAAAAGAAGCUCUCAGACUAGCUUGGCUUGAUGCAGAAACAUCCAGGAGAACAAAGGAACUUAUGGAACUCAGUAGAGAAGAAAUGGAGAAAAUACAAAAAUUAAGGUCAGAAGGUGCUUCUCCUACACAGCUGGCAGACAAGGUGGAGAAAUCAGUUCGAGAGCGUUUGGAACCUCUCCUGGACAAAGCACAGAAGGUCAAUCUUUCUUUAGAAACAAACACUCGUUUGAAGGAUUCUUCAUUUAUAAACAAAGUGUCAUCCCACGCUGCUCAGAAAGCUGCAUCUAAUGCCGAUAUACUGAGUGAGAAGUUAUUGGAUGAUCUUUUGGAAGAUACGGCUCAGGAACUCUGGAAUAUGGAACAACACAAGAAGAUGCAAGCUAUGGCUAUAGGCAUGCAUGACAGUCCUAGUCUGGAGACAAUGCUGCAAAGAAUGGAAGAAAUUGAAAGAUAUCAAGAAGAGGUUCGCAGGAGAUUUAAUCGGAUUGUCUAUGCUGAUGCAGAGUUCUGGGCACAGGAAGAGAAAAAGGAAAGAGAAAGCGCAUCAAUAGAGCAAAGGCCUAUGUCUCCUCACCCAAUCCAGAUAACCAGAUUGAUAGGACACAAAGAGCCAGAAGUGGAUAUUGUAUUUGAAAGACCUUUUGAUGGAAAUGCUAUUGAUGAAGAUAGGGAGGUGGAAGAGAAAUUGGAGACUGGAAAUGAUGUUCGGCAACCUUUGAAUCGCAAUAUAUCUCAGCAAAAGGAGUGCUACAUUUCUCUCUCUGUUCCAAAGCACAUGCUCCAGAACAUCCUUGAUUAUAAUAAUAGAUAUGAGCAGCACCUGAAACUUAUUUCUCAUGAGCCAGUAGGGCACUUCAAUCCAUGGUGCAUUGCUGAGGGCCUUGCAGAAGAACUGACAGAAGAAGCCUUAUGUGAUGUGGCAGCAGAGCUGCAGGAUUUAUGUGAGGAUUAUGCAGAAGCUGUGUUCACCUCUGAGUUCUUGCAGCCCACAGAGUAAACGCUUUUAAGUCUAUGCCAUCAGCUAAUGGAAUGUCAAAUCCCAGCCUACCCAGCAUACUGUGUGCUUAGGCGUUUUUUACAGUAUCUUUGUUCUUACUGAGCAUAUGGAAGAAUCUGCUAAUGUAUGAAUGAAAUUCAGAAGGGAUUCAUCUUGUGUUUUUCAAAAUUUUAAUAAAGAUUUUUUCCUUUUCAGAUUUCAGUAUAAUAAAGGUUCUGAAAAAGGUGCUGACUAUAAUAAAACUAAACACUUAACAGCAAAGUUUACAUAGGUGUAGAGCCAAUCCCCUAUAUCUAUGACUAGUUUUUCUCGUGUGAUCUAGUGGUAAUGAGCAAAGUACUGGGAAGUGAGAGUGCUGAGUUUUAUCCCCAGCUGUGCUACUGAUUUGGGAAAUCACUUAACCACUCCCUGUCUUCCUUUCCUCCUUUGUAAUGCUCCUUACUUAUCUCACAAGGGUGUUGUGGGACUUAAUCAAUGCAUUAUUAUUCAUAAAGCACUUAGCGCUCUGAAAGGUGUGCUGGAAAUACAAAGUAUUAUUAUUUCAUAGGCCUCUAAAGCCCAAUUUGAAAAUGCUGAUGCAAACAAGAAAUGCUUUUUGAUUUGCUAUCAGUGUGCCCAGUGUCUCACAAGAAAGAUGCUGUUUAUUUUGUCUGACCAACUACAUUAAAACUUCACAAUUUUAUUAUCUGGUUUUUGGAUGGAAUGCAAGAAUCCAAAGGAGUGAUCCUGACAUCGCAGCAUUAAGUGGGUAUUUUGAACAAUAGCUAGAGGGGGCUUGGUGUAUUUGUGGGGAAGAUUGUGUUACUAUACUCUUGCAGCUAUCUUAGGGUUCUAACAUUGUUUUCUCAAUACUUUUAAAGUACUACGCAUAUCUGCAUUAAUAUUUAACAGGCAAUACAAACAAGCCUCUCCUCCCCCCCACCCCCGAUGUUUU